AAACUUGCAGAAUGAUGGAUUGCUUUUCUAUUUUAUGGAGUAUUUACAUUCUAACUCUGUAUAGAAGCUAGCCAAAAUAUAAGCUAACGACGAGACAUGAAUUAGGUUCUAAGUUACCUUGUUCUCAAACUCUGAACAUAUGUUUAUAUUUUUGUGGGAAUUGUCCAUACUUGAUUCCAAGGAUGCUUUGCUUUGACUUGCCAAGUUUAUUUUACCUUACUGAUCACUAUUGUUUUCAGAUGGUACAACUUCUUCUUAGCUACGAAUCACUUGAAAUUAAUGCUAUCAAUAUUCAAAAUGAAACAACUAUGGAUUUGGCUGACAAAGUUCCUUAUGGUGAGUCUAAAACGGAAAUAAUAGAGUGGUUGACAGAGGCUGGUGCAAAGAAUGCCAGAAAUGUGGAGAAAAUUGAUGAGGCAUCAGAACUGAGGAGAACUGUGAGUGAUAUCAAGCACAAUGUUCAGGCACAGCUUAGCGAGAAUGCUAAGACCAAUAAACGAGUGACUGGGAUUUGCAAAGAAUUGCAAAAACUGCAUAGAGAAGCUAUUCAGAACACCAUCAAUUCAGUCACCAUGGUAGCAACCCUGAUUGCCUCCAUUGCCUUCAUUGCCAUAUUCAAUUUUCCAGGUCAAUACUUCCAAGAUGUGAAUAGUGGGGGAGACAUUGGUGAGGCUCAAAUAGCCAAGCUUACUGGUUUUCGUGUCUUCUGCCUUCUGAAUGCAACUGCUCUCUUCAGUUCCCUCGUGGUGGUCGUCAUGCAGAUCACUUUGGUUGCCUGGGAAACUGGUGCCCAGAAGCAAGUUAUCAAGAUCAUAAAUAAGCUCAUGUGGACUGCAUGCCUUAGCACAGGUGCAGCUUUUACCUCACUGGCAUAUGUUGUAGUUGGCCCACAGCAUGCCUGGAUGGCCUUCACAGUAUCAGCCAUCGGAGGGCCGAUCAUGAUUGGAACCCUCCUGUUCCUAGCCUAUCCGUUGUUGUGCCCACGGUUCAAGUUUGGCGAAGACAGACAACGCCGCAUCAAGAGGGCAGGUGGCAGCAAGUCCUUCUCCUGGUCACUCCAUGAUGGUUUUUCAGAUCUGGAAGCCUUCUCUGAUCAUGAGAAGAUGAUUUAUGCCCUGUAGGAAGGUGUAACAGUAAUUACUCUGGCAUGAGAAGAGGCAAUUGGGAGAGUACAAAUGGUUCGUGCAUAUAUUUGGUUUAGCUGUUUUAACCUUUUAGGUCUGUGGUGAGCCGCAGUUGGACCUUCUCGUGUACAAUAUCUAAGAAUGAAGAGCUGCACCUAUUAUAAAAUGCAAGUAUAUGACCAAAAGUUACUCGUGUACUGAGUAUGCUUGAAACUGUUGC